GUGGAUGAUUAUACUGACAGAUCUUCAGAACUUUGUGAUUUGGUGAAGUUAGAUAUCAAGGUUACCCUCCCAAACAAACAUCUAAAUCUACUCUUACCCGAAAACAAGGUUACACUUUCUGAGCAAAUUCUCAAAUUCGAGAUUACCAUCACCACUAUACACACAACACCUUUUGGCGAUCUCUACUUCAAAUGUCAACCAUAGAUAUGGCAGUGAAAUCAGCCCCAAUUGAUGAUUCAUUUCAACUGUUCGAUCUCCGUGUCGAAGUCAUUUGUCCUCCCUCGUCCAAAAUCCUAUGUGGUGCCAAGGAAGGUGAUCAUUUCACUCUCGAGGGGGAAAUGUUACAUUUACCGACUGGACAAGGAAUUAGCAUUUACAGUUUAUCAUCAGUUCUCCCUCUACUAGCAGCGAAACAACGCUUCACUCAUUCAAAUGAUUGGAUGACCACAGAUGGGCUGAUAGCAUGUCCAGAUCCGAAUUGUGGGAGUCAGUUGAAGAUCACCAGAACAGGAUUAAGGACGUUUAAGCAUGGGGAAACGACGGUCGUGGGACUGGAGGGGAAUGUUUAAGAGGCAUGGAGUUGAGGAUGUUUGUAAUGUUACAGACCACAACGGCAUCGAGUUGGUCUCACGACAGAAAAUUCACUUUCCGAGGUAGUUAGCUGAAGGAAGGAGUUGUCUGAGUCUUUAGACGAGAAUUCAAUACAAUAAUAAUUAGCAAGAACUAGUGGCAUACA